AUCGAGGAGGAGCUGGGCACGACCAUUUAUCCCGGUACGGAGAUUAUGGCUGAUGUAGGCACACACCAUUUUGUGAAGUCCUCAGCCAAGUCCGACCGGGUGCUGGUGCCCCAGCCAUCGCAAGACCCCCAUGAUCCUCUGAAUUGGAACCGUUUCUGGAAGUUGAGCGCCAUGGCUAUAUCGACUGCGACUUCAUUCAGUCAAGGUCUAGGACCUCUCGCACUUGCACCUAUGUUUCCUCAAUUGAUGGAGUCGUUCAAUUCGGAUCUUGCUGGCGUGGUGCAAUUCACGGGAGUGUGUAUCCUGGUGCUGGGAUUUAGCAAUUUCUUCUGGAUCCCCAUCCAAUCAUCCUAUGGCCGCCGACCCGUCUUGAUCUUCUCGACCCUGAUCUGCCUUGUCAGCAACAUCUGGCGCGCGCUGGCAACUUCAUAUGGUAGUUAUAUGGGUGCAUGCGUUCUCAAUGGAUUUGGCGCUGGUCCUGCGGAGACUUCCCAGCCUGAGAUCAUCGCAGACAUCAUGUUCCUUCACGAGCGAGGUGCCUAUAACACACUAUAUUUCACUGUGUACUUUGGAUCUCUGAUGGUUGGUCCAAUCAUUGCUGGGCCCAUGGCAGAGCAUAUCGGCUGGCGCAGCUUCUUCUGGCUGAACGUUGGUGUCCUUGGAGUUGUGCUGCUCUUCCAGAUCUUCCUCUUCCCCGAGACGAAAUGGCACCGAGUUCACCCUGGCGAUGUCACUCAGGAAGGCUCAACACCGGUCAUUGAUGAUUCGGAGAACGAAAAGCCGGUAGAGGUCACCCAGAAAGAGAAUGUGAACGUGGAAGAUGCCUCCGCGCGAGAUCCGUAUCUCCACAAAGGCCAUCCAUCCAAGAAGCAGUUCAUGCUCUGGCAGCUAGACGGACACAACAUCAAGACCGUCCUGCUUAGCUUCUGGUACCCCUGGAAGCUCUUGACCUUCCCCAUCGUCGAGUUCGCGGCCUUUAUUGUGUCCUGGUCGGCCAGUUGUUUCCUGACGCUGAACCUCACGCAAAGCCAGGCCUUUGCUGAACCUCCAUACAACUUCAACAGUCAAACGAUCGGUUUCUUCAACUUUGCCAUUCUGAUCGGUGCCUUCAUCGGAUUGGCCACCAACGGACCCUUCUCAGAUUGGAUCUCCAUGAGGGCCACUCGCAAGAAUCGAGGUAUUCGCGAACCGGAAAUGCGAUUGCCUGCUAUCGCGAUUUACAUGGUCAUCAUGAUCAUCGGAAACUUUGUGGUCGCAUUUGGGUAUGAGUAUAAAUGGGAUUGGAAGAUCAUUGUGAUCAUCGGGUAUACCGCGGCUGGAAUCCAAGUUGCUGCCUUGCCAGCCAUUGCCAGCACCUACGCCGUGGACAGCUACAAGCCCGUCGCAGGCUCGAUUUUCGUUUCCAUCACGGUCAACAAGAACUUGUGGGGGUACGGCUUCAGCAAGUUCAUCACCCCGUGGAUUGAGCAGAGCGGGUAUAUCAAGCCAAUCAUGUUGAACAUGAGCCUGACUGCCCUGUGGUGUCUCUGUGCGAUUCCAUUCUACAUUUAUGGAAAGAGGUUCAGAGGGUGGACGGCCAAAUCCUCGGUACAUAAGUUGUAA